CAUCCCUCGCCUCUUUCACCCGCCUCCUCAAACUUCGACGAACCCGAACCCUAACGCCCUCAGCCCCUAUCUCGCGAUCUAGGGUUUUGUAAUUGGAGAGCAAUGGCGGCUCGUGCUCUAUCCCAGAGGGAGCAGGACAUUCAAAUGAUGCUCGCCGCCGACGUUCACCUCGGCACAAAGAACUGCGAUUUCCAAAUGGAGCGCUACGUUUACAAGCGUAGAUCUGACGGUAUCUACAUCAUCAAUCUUGGCAAAACCUGGGAAAAACUUCAGCUUGCUGCCAGAGUUAUCGUUGCCAUUGAAAACCCUCAGGAUAUAAUCGUUCAGUCGGCAAGGCCAUAUGGGCAAAGGGCUGUCUUGAAAUUUGCACAAUACACUGGUGCUCAUCCAAUUGCAGGGAGGCACACACCUGGAACCUUCACUAAUCAAAUGCAGACAUCAUUCAGUGAGCCUCGCCUCCUCAUUCUUACCGACCCAAGAACAGACCACCAGCCAAUCAAGGAGUCUGCUCUUGGAAAUAUUCCGACUAUUGCUUUUUGUGACACUGAUUCACCGAUGCGGUUUGUUGAUAUUGGAAUCCCAGCCAACAACAAAGGGAAGCACAGUAUUGGUUGCCUUUUCUGGUUGUUGGCCAGGAUGGUGCUUCAGAUGCGUGGCACAAUUGCUCCUGCACACAAAUGGGAAGUGAUGGUUGACCUGUUCUUCUUUAGAGACCCUGAGGAGACUAAGGAGCAGGAAGAAGCAGAGGCUCCUGUUGCUCCUGAUUUUGGUGCUGUGGCUGAAUUCAAUGGGAUGGGAGCAGCCGACCAGUGGACUUCAGAUCAAUGGGCGGACAUGGGAGCAGGUGUCCCUGUUUCUGCAGUUCCUGCUGCUGGUGCUGAUUGGGCUGCAGCUUCAGCUCCAAUAGCAGCUGAUGGAUGGGAUGCUGCGGCCCCUCCGCCAGCAGGUCUUGCUGCUGCUGUUCCUUCUGCCGGCCACUGGCUGGGAGUGAAAACCACUUUUGAGUUGAUUCCAUUUUCACUUGAAGUUCUGUUAGAUAGAAAUUGUUGAGUUCGAAUUGAACUAGUUAAUUGUUUAUUUAAGUUUUUGACUUUCGGCAGCUAAACUGUUAGCUUCGAUAGCUGUAGUAUCUCUUUUGCCUCCUUGAGAACAUGAACAAGAGUAAAUUUUGGUAAUUUAUCUUUUUUGUACUCUUUUAAUUUGUCGUUGGAUAGAUAUAUAUUAUCUACGUGAAAGUGUUUUCCUGGAAAA